CGGCCCCAUUGGUCACUUCCUGGAUGUGAGAGCAGACGAGGAAACAGACGGUAGCCUACUGCAGCGUUUUCUCUUGUGUCGGUUCCGUAUCGGUCUGAAACAAUGAACAACGCUGGACUUUAACUCGUGGAUUACAGUACGCACAGUGAAGGAUGCAAGGUGCUAUUGCACGGGUUUGCAUGGUGGUAGUAGCCGCUAUCCUCAACCACCCACUGCUCUUCCCUAAUGAAAACACCACCCUCCCUGAGCAAGAUGACGAGCUCCUGUCCCGGAUGAAGGAGCACCAGGAGAAGCUGGAGGCCGAACAUCAGCGCCUGGAACAGGAGAUCUCGCAAACAGAAACUGCUCUGGUUGAUGAUCAGGAAGGUUACAGCUGGUACUUUUGGAGCACUCUCUGCCUAGUCAUUUUCUUCACAAUUGAGGUCUGCAGGCAGGAUAUAAUCCCUACCGAAAUCCCAGACUCUACAGAAGAUGAAGAUGGAGAUUCCAGUGCUGAAUAUCUCAGUGCCAAGAAUGUAGUCCUAGAUAAAGGUGUCCUAAGUAACUUCUGCAAGACCCGCUUCCAUCCUUUCAUCCACGAGAGCGGGAGAGUGCGAGAGUUCAUCGAGGGCUUUGCGGAUGAUCUGCUCGAGGCUUUAAGAAGUGUUUGCGAUCGAGAGUCUGACCUGGAAGUCGAGGACUUCGUUGGCAUAGGCAGCAUGUUUGAGUCCUGGAGGGUGUCUAAACCUCCUACAUGUGACCUCAUUGUGCCUUUUGCUCCUCCACGGUCAUUCAGGUUUGAGUUUCAGCUCUGGUGCGACCCCUCCGCUGAAAUCCCCCUGGACUUGCAAGGAUGUGGAAGGAUUAAACUACUAAAACCAGGUGAAAAUGGCACAGGCUGUCUUUGUGGCUCAACCAAUCUCGGUGAUGAUAUGCUGUGUCUGCUUCACAGUAGAAAUGAGGGUGAAAAGCUUGAGGAUCACACACUGGUGGACCGCCACUGUGAGAAGAACACCUCGUAUUUGUCAAAAGAUCAGAUCAUGAGAUGGUUCCAGAUCUCAGUGAGCAAAGCAUGGGGCCUGAUCUCUCAUAAGUACGAUUUUGAGCUAGCAUUUCAAAACCUAGACUUCCCCGGAGCUCUGAAAAUCAGAUUUAGGUCUGGAAAGACUGUCAUUCUUAACAUUACCCCUGCCGUUCAGUUUGAGGACACGGAUGCUUACCUCAUCUCUCAUUUCCCAUCUGACACUAGUAACUCCUCAGACAUUCACUGGCAACUCUCACUAACUGUUUAUGAAAAGAACCUGCUUAAACAUCUGGUGAAACGACUUCCUACAAAUUCGUGUCAUGUUCACUGUCUUCAGAUAGUUUCUUUCUUGCACAAAAAGCAGACAGCUUUGACUGGGAAAAGCGCCUUUUCUAAUUAUCAUAUAAAGACGGCGCUUUUGCAUCUGCUGCUGAGUAAACGUCCUGCGAUGUGGCAGCCGCAGAAUCUCAAUGACAGGUUAAGAGAUCUGCUCAGCUUCCUGCAGCAAAGCCUGGAGGAAAAGAGACUCUAUCAUGUUGUUGUCGGGAACCCUCGCAUCCCAGUCGAACUUCUGGUUCCCAAAAUAAUCCGUACGGCAGAACCGAUAAACCUGUUUAGGCCUCUUGUAUUACAGAGGCACGUAUAUGCCAAAAUGGAGGAGCAUUUUCAAGAGAUGGUUAUAAAUACCUCUGUUCUUGUUCAAGAAUAUAGCCCUCACGUUUCUAAUGGUUGCGUGAGGCAUGAAUUUAGCUCAACAGACCAGACAUAGACUUUGGCUUUGAGUGCAGGGGAUUUUUACAGCCUAAUUACAUAAUGACGUUAUGCAGCUCAAAUGUAAACAACAUAUUAAGCACUGACUGUUUCUGACGCUGUGAUGAUAUUUGGGUGUUUCUUUAACUAUAACCAUUUUUUUUAUAAUUUUUUUUGUCCCGGGGCAAUAUUUUACCUUUUACAUUUUGUUAUACUGUAUGAAAGUGAAAGUGACAAAAAAAGUGAAAGUGACGUGACAUACAGCCAAGUAUGGUGACCCAUACUCAGAAUUCGUGCUCUGCUUUUAACCCAUCCAAAGUGCACACACACAGCAGUGAACACACACACACACCAUGAACACACACCCGUAGCAGUGGGCAGCCAUUUAUGCUGUGGCACCCGGGGAACAUUUGGGGGUUUAAUGCCUUGCUCAAGGGCACCUAAGUCGUGGUAUGAAGGUCAUGUUAAAGCAAUCUUGUAAACUUUUGUCUGUUUUAGCAUUUAUUUUUGUUGCUUUCCAAAUGCCAUUUAUAUAUAUAUUUUUUUGUUUUACUCUUGUCCCAGACUGAGACCAUCAUAAAAAUAUGAUCAUUACAUUUUUUUAAUUAUCAUAACGAAGAGUGAAUUAAUUUAAUAAUUUACUAUUAAUAACUUCUCCUUAGUUUUAGUGUUAUUUUCACAACAAUAAACAAGCUUUGCAUCUAAUAAUAAUAAUAUACCAGAAUCAAGUUUAUUGUUAAAGUUACCGUUUUUUUGCUGGAGUUGAAAUAUGUAAUGUGUGAAGAAAAUCAAGAUAAAUAUUUUUUAUCAUGCAUAAUUUCUAGCUGUAAUGUUGUUUAAUUAUGAAAAAAAAUUGAAAUCAAGUAUUUAUUUAAAUUAUCUUAAAUGCUUGCUUUUAAAUUGUGCUUAGCAAGACAAAGCAAAAAAUAAAUAAAAGUUUAAAAUGAAAUUUCAACCACAGAAUGUUACUAAGCACAAUACAUAAUUUGAGAUGUGACUGAAAUGACAUUGCUGCUAUAAAAUAAUAGGAUUUUAAGAAAGUUUAUUUUCCUAAAGUCCACAGGGCCGAAAGUGCACAUGGUUGAAGAAACAUCCACUUGCUAUUCAUCAUCAUUCUGGCAGCUGAUUCAGUGAUCUUUGGACCAUUUGAGUUAUUGCAAAUGAUGUAAUAUCAGGUUAAGAGUUUAAAUUAUGUAACAUUAUCUGAAUAUUUAGGAGUGUUAUCAGUUUUGAUCUUGUCUGCCAACAUAAGGGGAUUGUUGAAAUGCCUAAACAAAGUGUGAGCAGCAAGCACAUCUAAAGAAAUGCUGCACAGUGUCAUGUACAGGCCCAAGCAGAAGCUGUUUCACAGGGUUGAAAAAGGCUUUUUUGUCUAUUCUCUAUAAUGCACUUGUUUGAAUCUUUGUAGUCUUUAUAUUGGAUUUUAUUUUUUUGAUGCAAUAAACAAACUUUUAUGCAGUA